AUGGAAGAACUUUUGUUGGAUGAAAGCGGAGCGCUUGUGCAAUUUCUGGAGGCAGUGGAACAAUCAAGCCCAAGCACUCUGCGUGCAUUAGUCUUGAAAGUACUUUCUCAUCCUCAAAUUUUCUGCGGAUUUGAUCAACUAAAAGCCAUUGUAAAGGUCAAAUCUGAAGACUCCCAACUACUUGAAACGUUGGAUUUGUUUUCGUAUGGGGCCUAUCAGGAUUUCUCUCAAAACCAAGACAAAUACCUCUCUUUGAAUGACCUGCAAUUGUCAAAACUCCGUCAGCUUACUGUAUUAACGACUGUUCAGGAGGCGUGCAAGAAUGGGGUCUCUCUCCUGAGCUAUAGCUCGCUUGGAGAAGCUCUGGGCAUCGAUAGAGAUAACGGAAGAGGGAUCGAACAAAUCAUCAUAUCUUGCAUAUAUGCACGCGUUUUGAACGGCAAGCUUUGCCAAAAGUCGCAACAGUUCAAAAUUGCUGUUCCGCCCUGUUGCUCGCGCGACGUGACGCCAUCGCAAAUAUCGGAUAUCUUGACAACUCUUGAAACACUACGGGAUAGGCUGGAGUCCUCGAAUGACCGUUUGGAGAAGGCCCAGAAUUUUGUUCGUGGAUGUGUUGAGAGAGACGAUUCCCAUUGGAAGACCAUCAAGGAGCAAGCGAAACAAGCACAAUCCCAAUCUCCAAACGCUGCAACUGGAAUUGGCGCUUCAAACGUCCGUAAUGCUCUCUCUGCUGGCUGGUCAGCAGAUCAAGGCAUAGCUGGACGCAGAUUUAGUGCAAGUCGGCAGUCGAAACGCUCCCGUGGAGGAAUGGGAUCUUUCACCGAAUCCAACUUCCAGAGAUUCUAA